AUGAGUCCUCUGCGGAUGCUGGAGGCAUUUUCUCUUCUUUUUUUUGCUGGUAUCUGCCAGGCUAUCAAGCCGCCGCGCCAGCCUCAUCCGCCUACUGGAGGCGGAAAUAGACUUCUGAGCUAUAAUGAGACCGUUCUCAAAAAGGCCUUUGCUCCCGAAACCAUCUCAGUGGACUGGGUCUCCACUGACAAGGACGGUCAAUAUGUAUAUCAGAAAUCGGAUUCGACUCUUGUUUUGCAGCAUAUCGCUACUGAAACCCAGAGGGUCUUGAUCGAUUCUGACCAGGUGCCAGAUGAUGCCCAUGAAUAUUUCCUCAAGCCAGACCUAUCAGCAGUUAUGUGGGCUACCAACUACACCAAGCAGUAUCGCCAUUCCUAUUUCGCAAACUACUUCAUUCAAGACGUUGAGUCUGGAGAAUUGACUCCCUUGGCCAAAGACCAAGCCGGCGAUCUGCAGUAUGCUGCUUGGAGCCCUGUUGGAAAUUCAAUUGCAUACGUCCGUGGAAACAAUUUGUUUAUCUGGAAGGACGGUACCACUACGCAAAUUACUUCGGACGGAGGUGUUGACACCUUUAAUGGUGUCCCCGAUUGGGUCUAUGAGGAAGAAAUCUUUGGCGAUCGGUAUGCGCUUUGGUUCUCCCCUGACGGGCAAUAUCUUGCUUUCCUACGCUUUGAUGAAACUGGGGUACCAACAUAUACAGUUCCGUACUAUCUGGGCAAUCAAGAAGUGCCUCCGUCCUACCCAAAGGAAUUGGAUAUCCGUUAUCCAAAGGUGUCUCAAACCAAUCCCCGAGUCGAAUUCCUUAUCUUAGACAUGAACUCCCUCAAAAGCAAAAAGGUGUCUUCCGAAGCAUUUCCCGCGGAUGACCUAAUCAUUGGUGAAGUUGCGUGGGUCACUGAGAAGCACGAAGCAGUCGUGUUCCGCGCUUUCAAUAGAGUCCAAGAUCAAGAAAAAGUUAUUCUGGUGCAUGCUUCCUCUGGAAAAUCUUUGGUAGUUCGUGAAAGAGAUGGCACCGAUGGUUGGUUGGACAAUCUAUUGUCCAUCAAGUAUGUCGGCAAGGUUCAAAACGAAAAAACCCAAGGCCAUCACAACACCUACUAUGCAGAUAUCUCUGAUGUGACUGGAUGGGCACAUAUUUAUUUGUUCCCCGUGGAGGGAGGUGAGCCGAUCUCAUUGACUUCUGGAGAAUGGGAGGUCACGUCCAUUGUUAGCAUCGACAGGGAGCGCGAAUUGAUCUAUUACCUUUCAACCAAACAUCACCCUACAGAACGGCAUCUGUAUUCGGUGUCAUACCGCACCUUGAAAAGCAAACCUCUCGUCGAUGACACAGUCGCAGGUUUCUGGUCUGCGUCCUUCUCCUCCAAGGGCGGAUAUUAUUUGCUCACCUACGGUGGCCCAGACGUUCCUUACCAGGAACUCUUCUCUGUUGAUUUCCCUAAGCCGCUUCGAGUGAUCACCAGCAACGAGGAAAUAGUAGACGCGCUCAAAGAAUUCAAACUACCCAAAAUCUCAUUUUUUGACCUCUCCAUGGAAUCCGGCUUCAACCUCACUGUCAUGCAGCGCCUUCCAGCAAACUUCGACCAAAGGAAGAAAUACCCGGUCCUCUUCACCCCGUAUGGUGGACCAGGAGCUCAAGAGGCUAGCAAAGCCUGGAAGGCGCUGGACUGGAAAGCCUACAUCGCAUCCGACCCAGAGUUAGAAUACAUCACCUGGGCCGUUGACAACCGUGGCACGGGCUUCAGGGGCCGCAAAUUCCGCGCAGCCGUCGCCAAGCAACUCGGCCUACUCGAAGCGCAAGACCAAGUCGCAGCUGCGAAGGUCAUAGGUAAGAAUUGCUUCGUCGACAAGGACCGUAUCGGCAUAUGGGGCUGGAGCUAUGGCGGUUAUCUCUCAUCCAAGGUGCUCGAGACUGACAGCGGCGUCUUCUCCUUCGGUAUGAUCACCGCACCCGUCACUGACUGGCGCCUGUACGAUAGCAUGUACACCGAACGCUACAUGAAGACCUACGAACUGAACGAGGCGGGAUAUAACACAAGCGCAGUGCGCAAGCCCGCGGGCUUUUCUAAUAUCGCGGGCAGUUUCCUACUGCAGCACGGCACGGGAGACGAUAACGUGCACUUCCAGCAUUCUGCUGCCCUGACCGAUAUGUUGAUGGGCGGUGGGGUGCCACCUCAGAAGAUGGUGUCGCAGUGGUUUACGGAUUCUGACCAUUCUAUUACGUAUCACGGUAGCUCUGUGUUCCUGUAUAAGCAACUGACACGGAUGUUGUAUAGGCAGAAGACGAGGGAUGUGACGAAGGGGCCUGAGAUUCAUCAGUGGAGUCGAAGGGAUCGGAAUGGCCUGAGAUUUUGA